AUGUGGAGAAUUUUUCAAGAUUGGGGAAGAGUCUGGGAAGUUUUCAUCCCAAACAAGAGGGAUAAAGGUGGAAACCGCUUUGGUUUCGUGCGUUUUUCCGACGUGACAGAACCUUCUCUGCUGGCAAGGAAGCUUGACAAGGUGUUUAUUGGUAAUAUGAAACUCUUCGUCAACAUCCCUAAGUUCUCGAAACCUCAUAGGGAUAGGAGCAUCCACAACGGACCUCGGAAGAUUCCCUUCCACGGAACGGAGUCGCGCGUCCCUGUUCCCGGUGAAUACAAACAGGCCCUCUUGAGUGGUUUGGAGCCACAGAUGAAAGUGAAAGAAGGAGGUUAUGUCACUAAGCAGAAUAAGGAGAAAGCACCUUUGGAGAACAGAAAGGCUCUGAAGGCCCCUUUGGAGACAAACUCCAUGCAGUGGCAGAUAAGUGGCUUUAACCUGGAUGGAAACAUUCAGAGUUGGCUCGCUAAGAGCUGGGUGGGAAAACUCAGGAAGCUAAGCGAUAUUAACACUCUCCAACAAAACUUCAUCUUGCAAGGAUUCAGAACCUUGAAAGUGAGGUAUUUGGGGGACUUCAUUGUUUUACUUUCUGGGGAAGGGGAGGAAGACUUAAGCAACACAUUCCACGACAUGGAUAAUUGGUUAUCCUCCACUUUUGAAGAAUUGAACCCUUGGAAACCUAUCCCUUUCUCUGACCACAGAGUGACUUGGCUUCGCUGCUUUGGCAUUCCACUUCAUCUCUGGAAUCAUAUUUGCUUCAGCACCCUCAUAGCAAGUUUUGGUUCUUUGGUGGCUCUGGAUGAUGCCACCCUCUCUUUCGAUAGGGUGGAGUUUGCACGACUGAGGAUUAGAACUAAGAACCUGUAA